CCACAUGGGGGCGGUAGUGUUGUUGUCAACCACCGAAGAAGAAGAAGAAGCGGGAUGUCCCGUCGCCCUGUUCAAACGUCACACACGGAACUGUCAACAUGGAGGAAGGCAGGGAAUCGUCCACGAAUUCACUUUUGAGAGACGAGUGCUAUACUGAUUUCCUGGCAGAGGACUUUGAUGUGAAGACGUACACAGCCCAGGCUAUUCACCAUGCCGUCAUUGCAGAGCAGCUGGCCAAGCUGGCGCAGGGCAUCAGUCAGCUGGACAAGGAGCUGCACAGCCAGGUCGUGGCGAGACAUGAAGACCUGUUGGCUCAGGCCACUGGGAUAGAGUCACUAGAAGGGGUUCUUCAGAUGAUGCAGACAAGGAUAAGUGCUCUGCAGGCAGCUGUCGACAGGAUAAGGACAAAGAUUGUUGAUCCGUACAACAAGAUUGUGGCCAGGAUCACUCAGCUCGCCAGACUACAGGUGGCAUGUGACCUGCUGCGAAGGAUUAUUCGCAUCUUGUACUUGAGUAAGAGGCUCCAGGGACAGCUGCAGGGGGGCAGCAGGGAGAUCACCAAGGCUGCUCAGAGCCUCAAUGAACUAGACUAUCUAUCACAAGGUGUGGAUCUGAGCGGCAUCGAGGUGAUAGAGAACGACUUGCUGCUGAUCAGCAGAGCCAGGCUGGAGGUGGAGAACCAAGCCAAGAGACUUCUGGAACAGGGCAUGGAGAUCCAGAAUCCGACCCAGGUUGGCACAGCCCUGCAAGUUUUCUAUAACCUGGGCAGUCUUCGAGAGACCAUCAACUCUGUAGUGGGGGGUUACCGGACCACCAUACAGGACAACAUCUCCACUGCUCUUGACAUCAAGGGCCUGACCCAGCCGGCCAACCCCAGAGGCGCCCCAGGAAGAGCAAUCUUGCCAACACCAGGCAACACAGCAGCUUUCCGUGCUGCUCUAUGGACCAACCUGGAGAAGCUGAUGGACCAGAUAUGUGCUUCAUGCAGACAGGUGCAGCACCUACAGAAGGUCUUGAUGAAGAAAAGAGAUCCUGUCACUCAUGUGUGCUUCAUUGAUGAGAUUCUCAAGGAUGGUCAACCUGAUAUCCUCUUCUCCUUCUGGACCGAUGUAACCAAUACACUUAGUGAUGAGUUUCACAGAGCAACUGAAGCCUCAUCCUUCCUGAAGCAGGCGUUUGAAGGGGAGUAUCCUAAACUGCUGCGGUUGUACAACGAGCUGUGGCGCCGCCUGCAGCAGUACAGCACCAGCCUGCAGGGGGCGUUGACAAGCAGCGGAGGGCUGGACACCUCUCUGGACAUCGCCGCUACAGAAGCAGACAACCAGGACCUCUUCACCCACGGCAAGCAGGACUACAACCCAGAGAAAGCUCUGAAAGACUCCCUGCAGCCGUAUGAGGCAGCGUACCUCUCCAAGUCCCUCUCUCGCCUGUUUGAUCCCAUCAACCUCGUAUUUCCCAUGGGCGACCGCAACCCGCCCUCCAACGACGAGCUGGACAGCAUCAUCAAAACCAUCAGCAGUGAGCUGAAUGUGGCAUCAGUGGAUCCAAAUCUCUCUCUGGCCGUGGCCAAGAACGCUGCCAAGACCGUCCAGCUCUUCUGUGUCAAGUCUGAACAGCUGUUGUGUACUCAAGGUGAUGCCAGUCAGGUGAUUGGUCCAUUAACGGAGGGCCAGAGGAGGAAUGUGGCCGUGGUCAACUCCCUCUUCCGUCUGCAGCAGGCUGUCGCCAAGAUUAUUUCAGGUUUGGGGUCAUGUCCACCGGCUGUUGCGGAGGCCCUCUCUUCUUCCUUGGAGGGAGUGCAGGCCCUGAUGAACAGCGCGGUGCAGCCCCUCCUGCAGUCAGUCAGCGACUCCAUAGAGGCCAUCAUCAUCACACUACACCAAGAAGACUUCUCAGGGCCUCUAUCCAGCCCUGAUAAACCAGAUGUACCAUGCUCCCUGUACAUGAAGGAGCUGCAGGGUUUCAUCUCCAGGGUGAUGGCCGACUACUUCAGGCCCUUCCAGUGCGUCGACUUCAUCUUUGAGAGCACCGAGUCCAUAGCCCAGAGGGCCAUCGAGCUUUUCAUCCGGCACGCCAGCCUGCUGCGUCCACUAGGAGAGGGCGGCAAGAUGAGGCUGGCCGCUGACUUCGCCCAGAUGGAGAUGGCUGUGGCUCCUCUGUGCAGGAGAGUCUCAGAUUUGGGGAAACCAUACAGGAUGCUGCGAUCCUUCAGGCCGUUCCUGUUUCAGACCAGCGAGCUGAUAGCCAACAGUCCAGCUGUCGGUGACCUGAUCCCAUACAGCACCCUGCUGCACUUUCUCUUCACCAGGGCCCCAUCUGAACUCAAGUCCCCUCACCAGAGAGCAGAGUGGUCCAUUGCCCGCUACUCCCAGUGGCUGGAUGAUCAUCCCUCUGAGAGAGACAGGCUCACCCUCAUCAGGGGUGCUCUGGAGGCCUAUGUGCAGUCGGUGAGGGCUCGGCAGGGGAAGGAGUUUGCCCCCAUCUACCCCAUCAUGCUGCAGCUGUUACAGAAAGCCACCAGCGGUUGACAGGAAGAGCAUGAAGAGGACAGCUGUGGCCAGGAUGGUGUCCACCAUCUGUGUUGGGCUAUAGCACAGAAGAGUAGAGCGUUUGUCAAGAGAGAGGGAGGAUGUUGAGUUAGGAGGUCCAGCUCUGUCCACACUACAUAAAACCUUCUCUGGACAAAAUGACUUUUAACAGCUGCUCCUGACUCACUCUGGUGUAGGGAUACGUGGGAUAUUUAGAUUUUCUUGUGACCAAAGCUCAAAAUGGUGAUAGACAUGUUUAAAAGAAUGCAAUGUAAUAACAUUUUACAGCUGUAAGAGUGUCUGUAUAUCAACAGGAAGUUGAAUCCAAACCAGUGAAGAGGUUUGAUUAAACACUUGCUGUUUAUCUGAAA